GCGAACCCGGCCCGGCUCGGCCGCGGAAGGAGAACGAGAAGGAGGAGGAGAAGGAGGAGGAGGAGUAGGAAAAGGAGGAGGAGGCGGCGGUGGCGGUGCUCCCCCUCCCUUCCCUCCCUCCCUGGCGGGACAAAGGGCUGCGGCGCGCAGGUAGGAGCCGGCCCGGCCUGGCCGCCCCGGCGGACGGGCCGCACCGCCGGCGGCACCGGAGCUCCUUCCCCGCCCGGCCUCGCUCCCCGCCCGCCCCGGCUCUUCCUGGUUGCCCCGAGGAGCCCCGGGAGCCGCGGAGGGCGCGGCCGCUCGCCCGCCUUUGUCUGGGCCGCCCGGAGCCCCCCUGAGCCGCCGUUGCCGCCGCAGGAGCCAUGGGCCGGGGGCCGCCGCGCUAGGAGCAUCCCGGGGCCGGCGGGGACGCGGCGCUGGACAUGGAGCCGGCGGCGCGGGCCAGCGGCGAUAUCCUGAGGCGGAACCCGCAGCAAGACUACGAGCUGAUCCAGCGGGUGGGGAGCGGCACCUACGGCGACGUGUACAAGGCUAGAAAUCUUCAUACAGGAGAACUGGCUGCUGUAAAAAUAAUCAAGUUAGAGCCUGGAGAUGACUUCUCACUGAUCCAGCAGGAGAUAUAUAUGGUUAAAGAAUGCAAACAUUGCAACAUAGUCGCCUAUUUUGGGAGUUAUCUCAGCCGUGAGAAGCUGUGGAUAUGCAUGGAAUACUGUGGUGGGGGAUCCCUCCAGGACAUUUACCACGUAACAGGACCUCUGUCAGAGUUGCAAAUUGCUUAUGUGUGCAGAGAAACUCUACAGGGUCUUGCUUAUUUACACAUGAAGGGCAAAAUGCACAGAGAUAUAAAGGGUGCAAACAUUCUCCUAACAGACCAUGGAGACGUUAAAUUGGCUGACUUUGGGGUAGCAGCAAAAAUAACAGCCACUAUUGCAAAGAGGAAAUCCUUUAUUGGCACACCUUACUGGAUGGCCCCCGAGGUGGCGGCGGUGGAGAAGAACGGGGGGUACAACCAGCUGUGCGACAUCUGGGCCGUGGGCAUCACUGCCAUCGAGCUGGCAGAGCUGCAGCCACCCAUGUUCGACCUGCACCCCAUGAGGUCAGCAACAUUCCAUAAUUUUGUAAAAAUAGCACUUACAAAAAAUCCAAAGAAGAGACCAACAGCAGACAGACUUCUCUCUCACAGCUUUGUGGGGCAGCCUGGUCUCUCCAGGUCUUUAGCAGUUGAGCUGUUGGACAAAGUCAACAACCCCGAGAACCACACCCACUACGGCGAAGUGGACGAUGACGAUUUUGAGCCUCACUCCGUCAUCCGCCACACCAUCCGCUCCACCAACAGGAACGUCCGGGCAGAGAGGACAGCAUCAGAGAUCAACUUUGAUAAGCUGCAAUUUGAACCCCCCCUACGGAAAGAAACAGAAGCUCGGGAUGAAAUGGUUGUGGCAGCUGGCAGUGACUUUGCUUCACAUUGGAAUCCUUUUGUUGAUGGAAGCAACAAGGGACUGCUCACAAAAUUUGGAGAUGGGAGUGAAGAUGUUGAAGAAUCAACUCUAAAGCGAGCUGGGCCACCCCCACUGCCUCCCAAGCCAAGGAUGAACAGUUACCCCGAGGAGAACCUCCCUGAUGACAGCAGAUGCCAGACAAUAAAACACUUCCCAGAGUCCCAGAGCAGAGCCCCAGCAGCCCACAGGAGACAGAGCAUCCCAGUUUGUGGGCCCCAGGCAGAUUCCUGCCCCAUGGGGAUGACCAGCAGCAUCAGCAGCCCUGGACUGCUCACAGCCAGAUACAGCGACCUGGGCAAUGGGAAUGGGAUGCUGAAACACAUCGAGGAGAAUGCAGAAGGACCUGGACAAAUCCCUCAGCUGCCACGGAAAAAGGAGAAGAGAGAUUUCCCUAAACCAGCAAUCAAUGGUUUGCCUCCGACUCCGAAGGUGCUGGUAAGAAAUCCACGUGCACUGGGGGAUAUGGAAACCUCUCUGGUGUGGAAUAAGGCACCAGCUCACUUGGGGGACUUUUCUUUAUUUCCUCGAAAGUGCACCUGGCUGUACGUUAUCAACAACACCUUAAUGUCCCUGUCAGAAGGGAAAACAUUCCAGCUCUACUCCCAUAAUUUAAUAGCACUGUUUGAACAAGCCAAAAAAACAGGAUUAGCUGCUCAUAUUCAAACCCACAGAUUUCCUGACAAAAUAUUACCAAGGAAAUUUGCCUUAACGACCAAGAUCCCUGACACAAAAGGAUGCCACAAAUGCUGUAUAGUACGAAAUCCCUACACAGGCCACAAGUACCUGUGUGGUGCACUGCAGUCUGGAAUUGUUCUGCUCCAGUGGUAUGAGCCAAUGCAGAAAUUCAUGUUAAUAAAGCACUUUGACUUCCCCCUGCCCAGCCCGCUGCACGUGUUCGAGAUGCUGGUGAUCCCCGAGCAGGAGUACCCCAUGGUGUGCGUGGCCAUCUCCAGGGGCUGCGAGCCCAGCCAGGUGGUGCACUUCGAGACAAUCAACCUGAACUCGGCCUCCUCCUGGUUCACCGAGAUCGGGGCAGGCAAUCAGCAGUUGGAUGCCAUUCACGUGACACAGCUGGAGAGAGACACUGUCCUGGUCUGCCUGGACAAAUAUGUGAAAAUAGUGAAUUUACAAGGGAAAUUGAAGUCAAGCAAGAAAUUGGCUUCUGAGCUGAGCUUUGAUUUCUGCAUCGAGUCAGUGGUGUGCCUUCAGGACAGCGUGCUGGCCUUCUGGAAACAUGGCAUGCAGGGCAAGAGCUUCAAGUCAGAUGAAGUGACCCAGGAGAUAUCUGAUGAAACCAGGGUUUUCCGCCUGCUGGGCUCAGACAGAGUGGUUGUGCUGGAGAGCAGGCCCACAGAAAACCCCACAGCUCACAGCAACCUCUACAUCCUGGCUGGACAUGAGAACAGCUACUGAGCAGCACCCACCCCAAACAGCAGAGGGAAUUGGCCACGCUGGGACCCAGGAGCUGCAGGAAACCGGGACUUGGCCGCUUCUCGUCUGACACCCGAGCUGUCUUGGGGUUUAGGGUGGGAAUCAAUCCAUUUUUGCAGCUGGGAACAGCUGGUUCUGUCUCUUGCCACUGUGUGGUUGGUUAUGUCGAGUUUGCUUAAUAAAAGCUGAGAUAAAGAGCCCUUUACUCGUUAGUUCUAGGGAAACAGAGCCUUGAAACAUGUUCUGCAGUAAAGGUGCCAUAAACUGUUAAAUAUUUCCCUUCCCUUGGGUUUUCCUUUUAUUCUGUAGAUACAGAUCUAGUGCUGGCUGUUGCCCUGUUUUAUACUGAGUCUUAUUCUUAAUAAAACAAAGAUUUGUGUAGGAAGUGAAAGUAUCUGCAGAGCUUUUUGGUUUUAAAUCUGCCAUGGGGUAUGGCUUUGUAUAAUAGACUAUUUAAUCCUUAUUUAUUAAUCUGCUGCUAGGAUGGGGUAAUGUCUAACUUUUAGCAAAGGAAGGUUGCAGAGCAGCUUACUUUUUUUUUUUUUUACAAUUGUAUAAAGAUUUGAUUAUUCUUUUUCCUUGUAGGGAUGUAGUGCAUUACUGAGGGGUGUGUUACCGUGUUGGGUGAUCAUGUAAAAAAAAUGCAGUUUUGUACAACAAAGUAUUUUGUACUGAUUUUUCUGCCUGCAGAAUUGCCAUAAAAGGGAUUUUCUUACUUCCUAGACGUAGGGUGUGUGUACACAAAGUAGAAUAUUGAUAUCAGACUUGUUGCUCCUGGGUGGCUGUGUACAAUAUCCACGUGUGUGUGCGUGUGCAUGUGUGUGAAGUUGCCUGGCAGUGUGUAUAUUUUAUAUAUAUAUUUAUACAUAUAUAUAUAAAAAUGUACAAAACAUAUAUGCUUUAUUUUCAUAAAUUAGGGAUAAGCCUUGUGACAUGAAGUGGAAAUUGUAGCAGGUCAUCAUCCUUAAUGAAUGAAAGUAUCAUGUAUCCAACUGCCCACGACGUGUGGUUUAUUUAUGCUGUUCCAGAGGGGAGCCUGGAGCCACAGCUGAGCCUGAGCAGCAUUCCAGCUGCUGUGCUUUGGGGAUGGCUGCUGCCCCAGCUGUGAGUAUAAAUAAACAUGAUAAGAACCAGUAUUCUGUAUCCAAGCUUUGAUCACUUUUUGGUCACCUGCAAUUUUUUUUAUCCUUUCUCUUUCUCCGUUGAAGAGUCGCAUCGGUUCCUUUUGUCUUCCUCAUUAAUUAAAAUUCUUGAGGUACCAUUAAAUACAGACUGACUCCAGGAGAGCAUCUGGUUUUACUACCUCACAUUACCCUGCUGGCUUUGAUGUGAACACUCCUCGGGCAGGUGCAGAAUUCCAAUGCUCAGAAACGUUGGAAUUGAAGGGGUUUUUAAUUAAAUGCCUGUUCAGCUCCUGAGAUCUGCUGCCUAGGAAGGAGAGGCUGGAAUUCCCAGGUCAUUUGAGCAGAGCAGGAAAGGUGUGUGAGAGCUGGGAGUGGUUUGGUGCUGUGUUGGCAUCGGGCUCCAUGAUCCAUAAUUGAACAGGGAGGGAAUUGUCUGGGCCCACGUGAUGGCUCAGGGAAGGUCCAGAGGGGAAAACAGCCCUGCACACAUUCAGCAUUUUAGCCACUGUCAUUCAAAACUAAUUCUUGCUGACUUGACAUCCAAAUCAAGUCAAGCUUUUCAGUUCUGACACUGUGUCAAAGCUUAAAAAGUACUAAGUGUACAGAUGAAAUUUAUGGAUCACUCCACAGAGCAUGAAAAAUGUGCUUUAGGGGUGGUCAGCUGGAAUUGGCUCAGCAGUAUUAACAGCAGGACGUGUGAUUUUUUUGUCUUUUAAAGGAGUUCUCUAGUAUUGAAAUUACUUCUCCACAGGUAACAGUGACUGGUGAUUAACCUCAAACGGUGCCUCUCCUGGUCUUUAAAACAAAAAUUAAGGUGAAGUGAAGCACCAGGUGUAGAUAUUGUAGAGCAAACACUUCUUAAUUUACCUCAUUCACUACAGAAGGUAAUUUCAGCUUCAUCUUUGAAAACACUUAAAGGAGAUCUCUAAAAGACUAGAGAAACCUGUAAAUAAAAUCUGGAUAUUUAUGGGGAAUAACUGGAGUAAAUAACUCUUAGGUCAUGACACUGUCAUGCAGAAAUAACGAGCUGAAAGUCUUUUUCUUUGACACGAAUUGCUGAUGUUUUGCUGGAUCAUAAAGAAUAAACUUAGGAAAGUCCUCGUUUAAUCAAACCCUUUUUAGCUGUUGAAGCAUUUCUAAUGGCAUGUUGUGAAAUGCUUAGUGCUGGUUUCAUAGACAGUGGCAUUUUUUGGCAUGAUCUGCAAGAUGCUGUUUCCUAGUGUAAAACCUCACUUUUGUUCCGUACCACAGAGCAGAUUUGUGUGUUCCAGCCAGCCUCAGUGACUCUGAUCAGUAUAAUUUGUGUUUGACUGUUUAAUUUAGUCUGGUAUUGUCUGUACCUUUGUUUUUGUGGAAUUUAAACCAGGCUUGAGAAAGCCUAACAGGGGGAGCUUGGGGGUGAUGAAGCAAAAGCUUGCUCAGCCCCUCCUUCCUCGCUCAACAUUUAUCAAAAUUUUAAUUAUUGGAUGCACGAGGUCGUGUACCCGACUUGAAAGCCUUAAAACAGGCUCCCAGAGCUCUUGGAAGUACAGACAGCAUGGGAAGAGCAGUCUGUGGAUUAAUCUCUUUGGAUUUCCUAACCAAAUUCCUUGCAAGUGAAAAAUACAGCUGGAAUUGUGCUGACAUCUCUGUAAAGAAGAAAGGUACAACGCAUCAGGGGAGCCACGGUGUCUCUGGAUGGAAAGGACAAGACUGGGAGACUCUGAAAUGUGCUUUUUUUUACCUUGUUUUGUCGUUAGGUGUAACUGAGACUCAUAACUGCACUCGUUCAGUUUGUGUAACCAGGCUUUGUUCCACGGGAAUUUCUGUUGCAGUUCAGUCUAUGCCAAAUAAACUGCUUUAUUUGA